UCUCCAACCAUUUCUAAUUUUAAAUUUUUACUCCGUAACAAGAAUCCAGAUAGAAGUUCUUCUGCGCAGCAACUCCAGUCAUCAAGUAGCCAACUACGCGUCCAGCAAGGCCACAAUCUUCUUCCUAGUUCCGCCGUUCUGCGUAGCAGCAUCACCAUUAAGCCAACGACGAGCGAGGAGGGGUGACGCCGUUCUGCCCGCCUUUCCGGUCGCCCGGAGACCGUCCCUUUCCCGUAAGUUUUCAAAUUUAAUGUGUAUUUAUGUAGUUUGUUUAUUAUUAUUUCUAUUUCUGAAAUUGUUAGUUCUUUGUGAAUUGUGUGCAAGAUUGUGGAGUUCAUUCAUAAUUAAACCAUUUUUUUGUGCAAGUCUAUUGUGGAGCUUAUUUGUUGUUAAUCUCAUUUAAUAAAUUGUGAAUUGUAUUGUAAUCGUGGAUUUGUUGAUUUAAUUUCUUUUAAUGCUAUUUUUACAAUUAUACUCAUUUUACUUCCAUUCUAGUCUUUCUAGGUUGUUUGACAAAGAAUUCCUAUUAAAAGAAUUUAUGCACCUAUUCUUAAUGGUAGUAAAGGGUCGAACCUUUUUAGGUAAUGUGCCCUCCAAGAUCUCUGAGCUAGAUCCGCCACUACGACUAAGUGAUAGGAGGAGGUAUAAGUUUUUUAUUUCAAACGAAGACAUAUGUUCAAACAACUAAACUAUAAAUGAUGUGUAUAAAGUAAUUUUUCAAAAUUUCCGAGCUCUCAUGUACGUUUGUUCGAUGCAUUUAGUUGUACUUCACAUAUGAAGUGAUAUAAUAAAUAGAUAUCUUUUGCUUUGUUUAAUUUUUGGUCGUUUGAAUUUAGCCAUUUAAGAAUGGUCUCGUAUGUCGAGCAAUUAGUUUACUGUUACUCCCUCCGUCCCUUACAACAUUGUUAUCUUUUCUUUUUUGGCGGUCUGGAAACCUUUGUCACUUUUCUUUUAAAGAAGUUAAUUUGUGGUUCCUAUUAUUUCUCUCUUUGCGCACAAUUCUCAAUCAAACUUGCCAAACUUUUUUGGUUCCUAGUAUUUUUCAUGUUAAUCAACUUAACAAAGUUGUAGGAUGAAGGGAGUAUUUACUAUUCAGAAGACUAAGUUAUGAUUUAAAUUAUUCAAGUAGGUUCUAUCUAAAAUACUCUCAAGAGUAAUUCCAAUAAAUAGCCUAACGAAUGGAUUAAUUUAGCUUUAUUGAAGAGUCCAAAACCAAUUCCGAUUGAUUAAGCCUAAUAAAUGAACACCUACUUGCUAUAAAAGAGUUCUACAACAAAUGAUAAACAUUGCUUUUCUCUACCAAAUGAAUUAUUAAAUAAUUAAUUAAUUGAAAGUGAUGUUUCAUACGUAGUAUUACAAUUGUUAACCAAUUAAAGGAUGACACAUCAACAUUUUAAAACUCAACUUUACUAUAUAAAACAAUAGAUAUAUUGUGCAAUGCACGUAUCACUUACCAGUAUUACCAAAAACUAAGUAAUGGAUAAAAAAGAGACAUUUUUUUGUUUGAAUACACUUUACUUAAUGACCCCAAUGUCCACUUCCGUCCAUAGUGACCAACACUGGCCAAUGAUCAACUGGACACUGACCCUGCCACCGACCACAAUGACCGCUGCCGGCUCCAGUAAUUACCGCUUCCAGCUAGGGACUACCGCUGGUCAUAACAUGUGCAGUGAGCCAGUGACUACCACCUCCUAGUGACCAGUUUUCAACAAUCUCCAUCCAGAACAACUAGCCACACCGCAACCCCAUCCCGCUAGUACUGUGGCAUUUCACCCCCUCUGGGUGACACCACCUACUGCCCACCUCCUCAGCCCCCUACCCAGUACAGCCCAUGUCUCCAUUCUCCAAUCCUCGGACCACUGCGGCCCCUCCGCUCCCCAACCCCCGCACCAUCGUCACUACCCCACCCAACAACCUCUGCCCAACCCAGUCACUAUCGCCCUACACUCAAAUCCAAAACCCUAGUCCUGAUUCAACGAGGCGGCUGAACACAUAGAUGAAGAAGAAAUAUGUUUCAGUCAAUGGCGGGAGGUGUGGGUGACGGCAGAAGCGCAAUAGACGAUGUCAACAGAGGAAGCACGGGCAACACUGGCGGUCGGUAGGCGCCGGUGGACGGGAGGCACCGGCAUUGGCUGGCAGCCGGGAGGUUAGUGGAAAAUACCAGAUCUGAAAAAGAGAGAAGAAAUGUGGAUAUUAGGGGUUGAUGUUCUAUUUAUAGUAGGGAUAUUGCUAGUUCAAAUAUAAUUUGUCUCUUUUUGUCUAAAGGAAAGCUUGUAUCUAGUAUUAUUUAUUACAUUAUUUUUUUGUUUCAAACUAUUCUCUCUUUUUUUUCAGUACUUGUGCAAUGUUGUAUGCUUUUUUUGAACUGAAUUGGUCUAGUGUGGUACAAUUGUGUAUUUUGGUUAAAUAUGAUCUUAUCUAUUUUGGUCUGGUCUCACUCUUUUUUAUAGUGUGGUACUUGUGUAUUACAAUUGUGGAAGUCUAUUUUGAUUAAAUAUGAUCUUAUCUAUUUUGGUCUGGUCUCAUUUGGAAGUGAAUCCUAAAAUUCUUAAUAUGGAAUGCAAGCAGUUUUUUCUAAAACCAAUGAAAUACCUGUAGCUGAAAAGGGCAAAUAUCCGCAGUUUGAGUAUACGUAUCACGGAGUACUUGACAAGGAUACAUCUCUCUCUAGGGAUCGAGAAAGUUAUUGACCGAGCGGAGGCAACAAAUUUGCGGGCUACAAUACGGCCAGUCAUCUGGACUCAUAUUGUCCAUAUUUGUAUUUCAUGAUUGUGUUUUAUCACCUCAAUGAGUGAAAUGAGUUUAGCCAAAGAAGCUCCAGAAUCUGGAGAAAGUGGUUUGCACAAAGGAGAAGAAUUUGGAGCUGAAGAUGUAGAAAUUUAUUCCCAGGAAAAUGUUAGGGAAAAUAAUCGAAUUGGGGAUUCAAUUGAUAGGAUCAGUGAAUUACCAGAUUGCUUACUUAUUCACAUCAUAUCUUUUUUGGGUGUGAAGAAAGCUGCUGCUACGAGUAUUUUGGGGAAAAGAUGGCAGUUUCUUUGGUCUGAAUUGUGGAGCCUUGAAUUCAAAUAUUAUGAUUGGGGUAAGGGUAAGAGUAAGGAAACUAAGAAUACAAUUGACUUUGUGGCGUGGGUUAAUAGGAUCAUUGCUACUCGUCGUGGAAAUUACCUUGAGAAGAUGAUGGUUGAUUUCAAGUAUGAGGAUUGCUUUGCUCCAGAUGUUGAUAGCUGGUUUGAGUUUGCCUUGAAAAAUAAGGCGAAAGAGAUCACUUUUAGAUUAGGCGACAGCAAAGAUUUCUACAUUCUUCGUGAGUUGAUGUAUUCGAAUUCAUUCUUGACAUCAUUGUCUUUGAAAGGUUGCAUUUUGGGUCCUGAAAGAUCAAUCAAGUGGUCAUCUUUGACUAAAUUACAGAUAUCGGGAGUGAAUUUACCUCAGUCUGUAGUUGAAAAGAUAUUAUCGGGCUGUCCUGUCUUGAUUUCCUUGGAUCUGAGCGAGUGUUGGGGAUUCGCUGUUUUGGAGAUCAACUCUCAAUAUCUAUGUGAAUUGCGGGUAAUGGACCCUGAAAAUGAAGAAAGUGGGGGUUUCCUGCAAAUUUCAGCACCAUACAUAAAAUAUUUCAAACUUCGGUUUAAUGCUGUAGGAAGACAGAUAAAGUUCAAAGACAUCUCAUCUCUUAUCAGUGCUGAUAUUGAUUUGAGUGAACCCAUUUGGGAUUUGAUAAUCCCUGAGGAUGUGCUGAGUAAUACAAAGGAAAUUUGCGAAAAGAUUCACCAUGUUAAGGAGCUUGCACUGGGUUCUGAACCGC